ACCUGCGGGAACAGGAAUUGGUAUCAGUUGGGUUUAAGGAAAUGGAAAGCAGGUCGUUGGCCCAGCUGAAUAUCAAGGGAUUAUCAAAAAAACACGCGAUAAGCGCCAAAUACACGGAAAUCCCACAAGGCAAACUGAACAAAUAGGGAAUCUAUAGAUCAGUUUAAAUAAGAUUUUCCAUCGCAAUGGUCGUUCACAUUGCGCUCAUAAUACUUUUGGGCUCAAGCUCGCUACUGAAACCAGUUAAGGCGGUAAUUAAAAGCGAUAUUUAUGGACAACUGAUUGAACUUGUAGGCACACAUUUAAAUGGAAGCCUUUCGGAUUUUGAUACAUGGACUAUGGACAUCAGUGCGUCGUUAAAUGAAGAAGAACAACAGCGAGUGGCAUGGAAUGUUCCCUGGUCGGAUAUUUUAGAAAACCAAAAAUCGUCUCUAUAUCUGCAAAGCCAUCUCAAUACCGGAAAUCCCUUUAAGCUGCGGCUUUGGAUGAGCUUUUAUUGGCACCUCAAACGUUCCCAUCUUCUGAACGAGCUUCAUCUUUCAAACUUUGCGCGGGAAUUGAGGAGCCUCAAAAGUAAGCAUCCGGAGCUGUGGAACAAUAAUCUGCAAAACAUGUUGCAGAGUUUGCCCAGAUCCUUGAGGCUUCUGGUGAAGACUCGUCGCUUGUGUCUUGAACACACCAAGGAGUUGUUCUACAUAACUGCUGGAAAUCACUUGGAAUUGGGCGCCAAUACUAACUGUAGCAUUUGGCAGGUUGAGGAGGAUAACAGGCAUCACUGGCUGAGACUAGUGAAUGUCUGCGAUAAUAGGAGCCCUUUCUUCAUCAGCAUGCUAUCCCAGGGUGCAUCACAUGUCCUGUUCAGUGCGCCCAACAAUGUGGCAAAAGCUUUUUGUGUGCUAAAGGGUAUGGCUUACUUCGAUAAGGCGUUAAACACGCAAAGUAAUUGCCUUUGGCAGCUAAAUGAUUGCAGCUCUUUACCCAUGAUAUUAUCGGCCAAUAAAAGCUAAUUUAUAUAUAUAAAAAUAUAUAUAAUAAUGGUUACCAUUAGUUAUACAGUAGUAAAGUGCUUACCAUUU